AUGCUUGAAGAGCCGCCGACCGAGAGUCUUUCCCGGUGCCCGAGAUCUCCACGGCCUCAUGAGUCGCGGCUGCCUUCCAUCGUGGAGACCCAGAGCGAUGACUCGGCGCACGCUUCACCCGCCGCCCGCUCGCGCCGAAGCCUCUUACUGCCGCACUUCAGCCCGGUCCGCCGCACCUCCCUGGGGAACCUGCUGGGGGACGAGCUGCGCCAGUUCAACGCCCUGAGGCACUGCCGCUCGCCCAACCUCAGCCGCAGUAUCCCCAUGCCCGCCCUGUCCCCGCAGCCCCACCCCAGGCACCAGCACCCGGCCCCCACCUCCCCCAGGAUCUCCACCCGAGCCAAGUCCGAGGCCGAGCUGAAACCGUCCAAGCUUCUCAUCCCCACGGUCACCUGCCUCAGCCCCGCGGACCUCAGCCCCAGAGUCGUGGAUGGAAUCGAAGACGACCGACCUGCUUUUCAUUUCAACGUGGAGCACAACGAGCCCAAGGAGCGUCCCAGAGGCCUCAGCAGCUCCCAGGAAACAAAAAAGGCCACUUCCACUUUGCUCAUGGAAACUGAGGAAGUGCGAGAGACCAUCGGAGCGUUAAAUCAAAAGAUGGAAACGUUGAAUCUCGAAGUCUCGGAGCUCACCAAGAACCUCCACCGUAUGAUGCAUCUCCUGGAGGCUCACGUUUCCUCACAUCGCUUCCCCCCUCACCCCCACCACCCCCACCCUCACUCCCCCCACCCUCACCCCCACCCUCACCCCCACCACCCCCACCCUCACCCACACCACCCACCCCCCCACAGCACAGACACGGGGGGCCCUCAGACUCUCCCAGCCGCUCACCCCUCAGCAUUAUGGGGCUACGCAGUGCACAGUCCACGCUCCUCCAGCCCCACCGCUACUGCUGCUGCUGCUGCUGGUCCUCCUGGUCCUGGUCCUGGUCCUGGUCCAGGUCCUGCUGGUGCUGGAGGUCCCGGUGGUGGUCCUGGUGGUGGUCCUGGUCCUAGUCCUGCUGGUCCUCCUCCUCCUGCAGCUUCCAGACAGACUGUUGAAAGCAUAAGCAGUGUGGUCACGACCCACUCCUGGACCGGACCCUCUCUUCUCUGCUCGAGCCCCCAGAGCCUGGAGAGCUGUAGCCUCCUGAGCAGCUCCAUCAGCCAAUCACAGCCCACCUUGUGCCUGCAGCCCCCAAACUCUGACUACCGCCUUUUGUCCAGCGGGGAAUCCACACAGAGCCUUCAAUCCCAGUCCUUGACCUCGUACCCGCUGCUCUGCCCACCGCCCGAAACCACUCCUUUACUACAACGACCAGAGCGUCAUUCUUUUAACGUAACUACAAGCUUUCUGUCCGUGGCGCCGUCUCCACCAUCGCACCACCGGCUCGCUCCACGCUCCUCUUUGGAUCUCGGCAGGCUGAGGGGAGAGCGCCUGGACGGACAUGAGGGCCUGGAGUCCUUCUUGGCGACUGGAGGGUUCAAAGAGAGGCGAGAUCAAGGCAGCACGUCGUCUUUCCAGGCCGGCGGAGUCCAGACCCAGAACCCAGACUCGUCCUGGUGUCUGGACCUCACAGACUAA